CUCCGGAUCCACACACGCGCAACACACCCGCAGUCCCGGGAGAGCCCGAGGGGUUGGGCCCCUCCGGCAAGAAAGCCUUCCAUCCGCCAGCCAACCUUCUUCGUUUGGGCUCCGGGCCCUGGAGCCUCGCUGGCAGAGGGCAGCGACUGGGACAGGAGUCUCCACAGCCCCGCCGCGACCCCACCAUGGAAUCCGUGCAGAAACAGUGGCCAGAAGUAAUGAGCGCCUACCAAUACGUGCUCACUUUCCUCUUCAUGGGCCCUUUCUUCUCCCUUCUUGUCCUCUCCCUCCUCUUCACGUCAUUCUGGUCCGUCUCCGUUCUCUACUUGGUGUGGCUCCUCCUGGACUGGGACACGCCUAACCAAGGUGGAAGGCGCUUUGAGUGGACCAGGAACUGGGCCAUGUGGAAACACGCCAGGGAUUAUUAUCCUAUCAAGCUGGUGAAAACAGCCGAGCUGCCCCCUGACCGGAACUAUGUGCUGGGUGCCCACCCACACGGGAUCAUGUGCAUUGGAACCUUCUGCAAUUUCUCCACCGAGGCCAACAACUUCUCCAAGCAGUUCCCGGGGAUUCAGCUCUCAUCGGCAGUGCUGGCCUCCCUCUUCCACUUCCCAAUCUAUCGUGACUACAUCAUGUCCUUUGGAAUAUGUUCUGUGAACCGGUGGAGCCUGGACUUUGUUCUGUCACGGCGCCGGCUCGGGCAGGCUGUAAUCAUCAUGGUUGGGGGUGCCCAGGAGUCCCUGUAUGCCAUCCCAGGAAAGCACUGCCUCGUUCUCCGGAAUCGCAAAGGCUUCGUGCGCCUGGCACUGAGGCACGGGGCCUCCCUGGUACCUGUGUACUCCUUUGGCGAGAAUGAUGUCUUUAAUUUUAAGUUUUUUGCCACAAACUCCUGGCAGUAUAUGUGCCAGAUCACCUUCAAGAAAAUCAUGGGCUUUGUUCCUUGCAUCUUCUGGGGCCGCGGGCUCUUCUCGGCCAACUCCUGGGGCCUGGUGCCCUUCGCCAGGCCCAUCACCACUGUGGUGGGCCGCCCCAUCCCAGUGCCCCAGCGCCUGGACCCCACCGAGGAGGAGGUUGACCACUAUCACAUGCUCUAUAUGGAGGCUCUGGAGCAACUCUUCGAGGACCACAAGGAAAGCUGCGGUGUCCCAGCUUCUACUCACCUCACCUUUAUCUAGCCCUUGCCGUCCCCCCGCCCCCGACCCUGAGCCCCUCAGCCCAGGGCACUGAGACCCUCCUCCUACUGCUUCUCUGUACUGGUCCUUCUCUCCCACCACUACGUUGUAGAAUCGGAUGCCUGCGGAGCUCGCACCCUGGCUCUGGGGGUAAGGGGGCCCAGGCAUGAUCCACCUUCAUUCUCCUCUACUGCGAAGCUGCUGCUUUGGAUUGGGGAUCGGAAUUCCCCUCCCAGCAAGCCUUAAUUCUGCUGCAUGACCUUGCCUACGUAUCUUUCCUUUGCUGAGGCCUUUCUCCCUCUGUGAAUGAAGGCGUCUGCUUCCCGGAGAGCUGUAGGGCCUCGGGAUUGAGUUGGGGCGGGUGGCUCUAGGGAGAGGUUGGCUUUGCAGGGUGAGCUGGAAAAGAUAGGAUGGAUGGUGGAAUAGUCAGCCUGAGCAAAAGCUGAGCUUGGUUAAGGGUUCCUGGCCAUAUGGGAAGUGGAAUGAUCUCCGAUGGUAGAAAAGGUAGUGUUGGUCCAUAGCUUGCUACUGCACCCCUCUCCAUCCUUUAUGUUUCCUUGUGGCCAGGAGAUGAAUGAAGCAGGGACCUGUUUGACCAGCACAAAGCCCAGCUGCUAGCCCAGUGUUAGGUCAACAUUAACCCAGCCGCUCAGUGAGCACAGGACUCUUGUGAUGAUCAAAGAAUUAAGAUGUAAGGGGCUUAGAACGGAGAUUGGCAAAAUAUCAUCAUUCCUCAUCACAGACACGGCGUCAGUCCAAGGAGAGGGUAAGACCGGACAGUCUAAGGGUCCUCAUGUGGUCAUAGCAUUCCCUGACAACAUCAGUCCUGUUUGCUGACCAGCUUUGCGUCGGUAUCCAGGACUUCAGAAAAACUUGCUGAAAUGUAAUUGGAAUGCAACUGUAUUAGUCUCCCACUGUCCUAUAAAAUACAUUCAGUGGAAGAAUUUUUUUUUUUUUUUUGGUUUUGUUCCUGGAGGAAAAUCUGAGCAGCCCCGGGACUUAUCAGGGUCACAGGUGGUAAGUUCUUCAUUCACCUUAAGUUGUUACAUAGACAUGUAGCUUGAGUAGGAAUCCACACUUGGAUCUUCAUCCAAGGGUAGGAACCUUCCAUCUCCAGCAAGGGCAGCAAGCGGGAUACCUGCUUGACCAGAAGGGACAGCUGGGGAAGGUGGAGUACAAAGGGGAUGGAGUUGACCUCUUUCUUCCCCCACCUCUCCUUCCCCUUCUAGUCUCUGUUACUGAACCCUAGGGACUGGAGUAUGGGGCAGAGGAAGAGAAAGAGGAUCCCAAACAUUCUUGACAACACUGUCCUAAGCUUCAUGUUCUCUGGGCCUCCAGACCUUCCAAGCUGAUUCCUUUUCCUCAGGGGGGCUCUCCUGGAUUCUCCAGAGUAUUCUCUUUUAGAUUCCUCUGCCUCAUCAUCUGUCCCUGGUUUUCUGCCCAUGGCACUCGACAUAGGAUUUCUCCUUAGGAAGCCCAUUGCUUUUCUAGGCUGGGAAGUAGAGAGAGGGAUGGAAAAUAAACAGCUCCAGGUUGGAACACGCUUAGCUUGGAUACUAUUAGAACACAGGCUGGGCUCAAUGCAGCCACUUGUCCUUCCUUCUUUCCUGGAUGGGAACAUCCAGUCAGCUACCAUCUAGCCAUUAGACUUCUCUGGUGGACAUGUCCCCCAAACCCUGGGGCAUCCUAAACUCUUUGAGUCUUGCAACCUUUGUCACUGAUCCUGUGGAGGCAAGCCUUGCCCUCCACGGGUAAGGCUUGCAGAGCUCAGAAGUCCUUCCCCCACACCUCUCUCCUUUGUGUCCAAAUUCCAAUCUUUGUCCUGGGUCAGGGACUCAAGAGUAUCUUCUCAAUCAUUUACUUGGAAUAUGUGGUCUUGCUUGUUGCAUGUUGCCUGGUCUGGACACCUCUGGAAUGCAUUGCCUACUUGUUUGAACUUCGUGCCUCAGCCCAAACUUUCAGGAUAGUGUCACAUGUUUUUCUCUGGAUUCUUCCCCAGAGGGACAAAGGCACCAACUUCUAGUGAGAACCUACCCCCAAGAGCUGGUGGUGUGAGGAUUAGAUGGCUGUGGGCCUUCCUCCAAGAACCCCCCUGCCCUUCUCCCCUGUGAGUGGUAGAUGCCUAUCUCUGGGGAGGGGAGGUUGGGCUGGGUGGUAAGUGAGGAAUGGGGCCUUUGAGGACUGGGGGAGAGGGAGGAGGGGUCUUCACUCCCCAUCAUUCAUGUCUCCUGUCUGUAAUCCAAGGCCAAUAGUCAGGGGAUGGGAGGGAUUGGCCAGAGGCUGGAGAGAAACAGGAGAGGCCAAGAAGCGCAGUAAGGAGUGGGCUGGCCCUAGAGUAAAAAGGAGUAAAGUGCUCCCAGUGCUUGUGAAAACAACUGGGCAAGUUUCUCAAGAAAGUGGUCAUGUCUGAUCCCCAUGGAGAGAGGAAUUGAGAGGGAACAUUAUGCUUCAUGUGGAGACAUCUGAGUGAGAGGAGAGGUCACAACACAAACCAGAGAGAUACAGGAAGUUCCAGAUCAGGCUUCCGUCCCUGGGAGAGAGACUUGGCGCCCAUAUCCAUACGUACGUUUUGGGGGUGGGGUGCAGCAAGCAGAAUGCAUCAUCAGUCUGAGGGUUUGGCAAGACCAUGAGGGGCAGAGGGAGUUGGAAGUGACACCCCUGGGGCGCCUGGGUGGCUCAGGUCAUGAUCCCGGGGUCCUGGGAUCGAGCCCCACCUGGGGCUCCCUGCUCAGCGGGGAGUCUGCUUCUCCCUCUGCCUCUGCCCCUCCUCCUGCUUGUGCUCUCUCUCUCUCUCUCUCUCAAAUAAAUAAAAUCUUAAAAAAAAGAAAGAAAAUGACACCCCUGGACAAUGACAAGUGUCCCCUGCUGGAUUGAGAUACCAGGUGAGACGCUCAGAAUGGCCUUUUGCACAUCAGUCCCCUGUUUCCCAGAAGCCGCUAUCAUAUGGGAUUGCUCCUCAGCAAUCAGAGAGGUCUUGCCCCUUCUCUCCCAUCCCCCCCCUUCUCCUGCUGUCAAGAUGCUCUUUGUAAAACACUGCUUUCUUCAUGUAAUUCUCCCUGCUGGAUCCUCACUGUCGCUGGAUUCUCAUUGCUAGAAGGUGAGAAAUCCUCAGCCCAGCAUUCGAGGUAGCCUUCAAACAGAGCCCAGCCCGGCUUCCCAGCCGUCCCUGACUCGGCCCUCCUUCCUAAGUGGAGAAUGGAUGGAACCCCUACCAAGGAGUCACAGCUCAGCUCCCAGGGUUCAGCCCUCACUAUGUGCGGACCUUCAGGUUCACUCACUGCCUCUAAUCUUCCCAUCUACACCACAGUGUCCCCGCUGAGCUCGAAAUGAGGUAUGCACGGAAAGGCUUAGCGUGGCACCUGGCAGGGUGCUCAGCAAAUAUUAGUUAUUGUCACUCUUACUUCGCCCACCUCUUUCCACACAAUCUUUUCCUAGCCAUGGCCACAUCCCAAGCCUUACACUAUGGGAUCCGCAUUAUGUACACCAUCACAUUAUGUGGACUGGUGUUCUGUUACCCCAAACAUAUGGCUCAUCCACGAUCUUUUAUCUCAUAUUAUUAAAUGCGGA